GGCAUUGACAAAAAGAACUCGUGUUGCAACGAGGAGACUAGAUUGCCCCCGGGACAUGUGUGUAGCAACGGCAUUGUGCUCACGGAUGCUGUAAAGGAUCACGUUACGACUGGUAAUUACAUCUGUAACGGUCUAGAGAUGGAUGUUUCGUUUACCGACAUCAACGAGGAUGGGAACUGGUUUGUUCUAAGCAUGGGCUGCACAGACAACCCUGUGCACAGCAUAUUCGUAUUCAAAAGCAGUUAUGGAUUCCUCCCAGCGGACCAGUAUCCAUUGCUUCUGUUCCAUGGGAUAAUGUCGCUGGUCUACUUCUGCAUCGCGGCCGUUUGGCUGACUCUCACCAUUCUGUAUUGGAGAGACCUACUCAAAUUGCAGUACUGGAUCAGCGCCGUUAUCGUUAUGAGUAUGUUGGAGAUGGCUAUGUUCUACGGAUGGUACGAGCACUCCAACCUUACGGGGCAGACCUCUCAGUUUCUUCUGGGGACGGCGGUAUUUGUCAUGGUGGCGACCCUUACACUCGCUCGUAUGCUGGUAAGUAUCACACUCAACUCUAGCAGGCAGCUUUACUUGGUACACUACUGUCGUUAG